AGUUUGCUCAAACUCAAACACUUUGCUCAAACUCAAACACUUUUUGCUCAUCUUACUCCUUAAAAUAGUUCCUAUAUCCUCUUGGAAUUUUGAGUUGAUUCUUCGUUUUCUUGUAACACAGAAAUGAAGGUGAAGAUGUUCUUAGAUUCAUUUUUGAGAGUACCUCUAUUGGUUGGAGAGAAAUUUGACAGUGAAGUACUGACUUUAGAAGAAGUUGAAUCAAAUAUUAAUAUUCAUAAUUCAUCCACUUCCCAAAAAACCAAUUUCCUUCAAACCACUUUCAAUCUCCUCAAUACUCUAUCAGGAGUUGGAAUUCUAUCCGUUCCAUACGCCCUCGCGUCAGGUGGAUGGCUAAGCUUAAUACUCCUAUUUGUGAUCGCUCUCGCGACGUUUUACACAGGUUUGCUAAUCCAACGAUGCAUGGAUGCAAAAUCGGAUAUAAGAACCUAUCCGGAGGUUGGAGAGCUUGCAUUUGGAAACAAUGGGAAGAUAGUAGUAUCAGUUUUCAUGUAUGUGGAGCUAUACUUAGUUGCCACAGGAUUUCUAAUUCUUGAAGGCGAUAACUUGAACAACAUGUUCCCCGACGUUGGGUUCGAACUCUUUGGCUUUAGAAUUGCGGGCCAAGCGUUCUUUGUUUUGGUUGUUGCCCUCAUUAUCUUGCCGUCGGUUUGGCUUGACAACUUGAGUCUUCUCUCUUUUGUGUCUGCAAGCGGGGUUCUUGCGUCGGCCAUUAUCAUUGGGUCGGUAUUCUGGUGUGGUGCUUUUGAUGGAAUUGGAUUCAAACACAAAGGAACAACUCUCAUUAACUGGAAAGGGAUUCCAAAUUCCAUCAGCUUAUUUGCGUUUUGUUACUGUGCUCAUCCGGUUUUUCCAACAUUGUACACUUCCAUGAACAACAAACGACAAUUCUCCAAUGUUCUAACUUUCUGCUUCAUCAUUUGUACAUUUUGUUAUGCCUCAAUGGCUGUAAUGGGAUAUGCAAUGUUUGGCUCAGACAUUCAAUCACAAAUAACGUUAAAUCUUCCAACGGGAAAAAUCAGCUCCUUGAUUGCCAUCUACACAACAUUAGUAAACCCCAUUUGUAAAUAUGCAUUAAUGACUGUUCCAAUUGUCAGUGCCUUUAAGAAUCGGUUUACAUCGAACUACAACACAAAGCCCUUGACUGUGUUAAUUAGUACCACCUUGUUAGUCAGCAAUGUCAUUGUAGCUCUUGCAAUUCCCUUCUUCGGCUCUUUGAUGUCACUCGUCGGAGCAUUUCUCAGUGUCACCGCUUCGAUUAUACUUCCAUGCGUGUGUUACUUGAAGAUUUCUGGCAGUUACAAGAAGCCGUUUGGAUUCGAGACGAUCAUAAUAAGUAGUAUCAUAUUGAUAGGUGUUGUUGUUGCCAUUGUUGGCACAUAUGUAGCUCUUGCAGAAAUUGUAGGACAAAUGUAAUUAAUUUAUUUGUUCAUGUAGUAGUAUUUUAUGUAUUAGAUAAACAUGAGGUUCCCCAGAGUAGUUGAUGUAUCUUUCAAGGAUCGUCACUUCAUAUUUUUAGUGUGGAAUCACAAAAAUGAUUUACGUUCAAAGAAUUCUUUUAAAUUCUUGUUACCCCGUUUUGUUAGGAAUUUAUACUUUAAAAGUAUUGAAAUAUAUUACAUCUCUUAUUUUGUACAAA